AUGAUGGGCUCGCCCCUGCCCUCAGGCCUGAUCCGAUCCCCCGCCCGCCCUGCCCUCAGGAUCACACCCCCGGACUCGCUGCUCAGCCUACAAGGCCUACCGGGCUCCUGCUCCUGUUGUGCUGUGGCCGCAGGAUUCCCCGAGCGGCUGCGCCUGCCGGAGACAGCAGGGCAAAGAGCCGCACAGCUGCAGAGGCUCUUCGUCGGAGGUCUGAGCUUUGAAACAAGCGACGCGAGCCUGAGGAGGCAUUCUGAGCGGUGGGGAGUGUGCACAGACCGUGUGGUGACGAGAGAUCCAAGCACCAGGCACUCCAGAGGCUUCGGUGUUGUCACAUACGCCACUGUGGAGGAGGUGGAUGCGGCCAUGAACGCAAGGCCACACGAGGUGGAUGGGAGAGUUGUGGAGCCCAAGAGGGCCGUCUCAAGAGAAGACUCUCAAAGACCUGGUGCCCACUUAAGUGUGAAAAAGGUUUUUGUUGGUGGCAUUAAAGAAGACACUGAAGAACAUCAUCUAAGAGAUUAUUUUGAACAGUGUAGGAAAACUGAAGUGUCUGAAAUCAUGACUGAUCGAGGCACUGGCAAAAAGAGAGGCUUUGCUUUCGUAACCUUUGAUGACCAUGACUCUGUAGACAAGACUGUCAGUCCGAAAUACCACACCGUGAAUGGCCACAACUGUGAAGUAAGGAAAGCCCUAUCUGAGCAAGAGAUGGCUAGUGCCUCAUCCAGCCAAAGAGGCCGAAGUGGGUCUGGAAACUUUGGUGGUGGUCGUGGAGGGGGUUUUGGUGGGAGUGACAGCUUUGGUCGCGGAGGAGACUUCAGUGGCUGA